AGUGAGCAGCGAGCGGCUGGCGGGCGAUGGCGAUGGCGGCCGGAGACGGAGCCGGAGCCGGACAGGGAGAGGGAGAGGGAGCGGCUCUGGCGGCGCUGCUCGGCGGCCUGGCUCAGAUCACGUACUUUCACAACCCCGCCGUCACCGAGCAGCAGCUCAAGGCCGAGCUCUACAACAACCUCUCGCAGCACGAGUUCACACUUCUGCUGGAGAAGAUGACGGGAAUCCUGCGGUCAAUAACGUCUGCAGACAUGGACUUUAACCAGCUAGAAGCCUUCUUAACAGCGCAGACCAAGAAACAAAAAGGAAUUACACCAGAUCAAGCUGUAGUUUUAACCAAAUUCUGGAAAAGUCAUAAAGAUAAAAUCCGUGAAUGCCUUAUAAAUCAGAGCAAGUGGGAAAACUGCUUGAGAAAAUUCAGCUGGAGAGUUGACUUGAAGACUCAGUCCAGACACUUGGAUCAAAUUAACACACCAGUUGCUCUCGUGGAGUUGGAACUUGGAAAGAAUGAUCAGGAAACAGAAUUUCUCUGCUUGGAGCUAAACGAGAACAAAGUGAAUCAGCUGCUGAAAAAAUUAACAGAGAUUGAAGAGAGCAUCACUGCGCUGAGCGGCACCAACUGAUGUGGCUGGAGAUGAUGAAAGAGAACAGAUGGCAGUGUCAAUACACAACUGGAACACUAACUAUCCCCAUGGUUUAUGUAAUGCAGGCAUUGCCUGCUUUGUUUGCAAGUGAGUGCGAUCCUGCAUUUACUUUGCACGACUUUCAUCUAUAUCCACUUCCAAAAUAACAAUCAAUCCAAAUUAACUCCUCGCCAUCUGCUGUUUUUUCUUCUACAAACCCUGUACCGGAUGUGAUUUUGCUUCUUAUCCCCCACAAUUGUCAAAAAUCAUGGUUGCGAACUUAUUUAGAAUUAAAAUUUUCAAUUUGAAAUUAAGUUUAUCUUUUCUUAGUUGUUGCAUAUAAUCAGAGAUGUCCUUUGGAUCAAAGUCCCCAACUUUGAUUUGGAAUCUAGAUGACAAGAAUUCUCAUUCAGAAUAUUUCGAAGUGUUUCAUGACAAUGAUAUGAGUUUGUCCAAGACUGGACCUCUUGAGCUGAAUCGAUGCGUACUGAUCCAUGUAAAUGUCGUUGUGCUGUGGCUCUGGGACAAGAUGUGGCUUCCUCAGGGAAGCCCUAUAAGUAUUGCUGUCAUGUCUGAAGUUGAACAUUUCAACAAUAAGAAGUUGUAGGUUGAAGUUUAAAAAGAGAAUCAGGUAACCAGUAGAGAAAUGCACUUCAUUUAUGAUAGAAAAAUGCAGAAAUUAUUUUAUUAAAAAAACAUGAUUCUCAUGGAUUCCCAUCAAAAUGUGUUUCAAUAGCUCGUAUUCAUAGUAUAUCAAUUACUCUGCCAUUCAUUAAAAAUGCAUGAUGUUGAUCAUUGUAUUCCUUAUCAUGUCAACUUAAUUAACCAUUUCAUAAUUAAAGUCAUAUUUUGCAA